GGUUGUUAAUAAUUAAUAUUGCAAACCGAGGCGUCGCCUCGUUUCGAAGUCAUCGAAUUCACGAGAUCAAUAAAUAUCCUUGUUUGAUUUCACCGUUAUCGUUUGACAUGACGAAAAAAAACAUUGUGUUUGUUACCGGCAACGUGAAAAAGUUGGAGGAAGUGAUGCAAAUGUUUAAAAACUUUUACAAAGAUUCCGUUCCUUUUGACCUGUCUAAUAAGAAUAUUGACUUACCUGAACAUCAAGGGGAGCGGGACGAAAUAUGCAAAAUGAAAGCGCAUGCGGCUUUUGAAAUUAUAAAGGGUCCUUGUAUUGUAGAAGAUACUAGUCUGUGCUUCAACGCUAUCGGUGGCCUACCAGGUCCAUAUAUCAAAUGGUUUCUAAAAGCAACCGGUCCUAUAGGUUUAUAUCGUAUGCUCAAAGGAUUUGAAGAUAAAACCGCUAUGGCUGUGUGUACUGUCGCUUAUGUUAAUGAACAGGGUGAAGUGAAUAUUUUUAGUGGUGAAACUGAUGGCACGAUUAUUGAGCCAACCGCAAUUGAAACUUUUGGAUGGGACUCUUGUUUUAAGCCAGAUGGAUAUGAGAUAACAUAUGCAGAAAUGCCUAAAGAAGAAAAGAACUCAAUAUCACAUAGGAUGAAGGCAAUGUAUAAAUUAAAAGAGUUUCUCGACCAAAAUGUAAUUGUAUAAAAUGUUUCAAGUUUAUUUUAUUUUUUUUUGUUUUAAAUCAAUAAUUUUUACAUUAUUAAAAAUGCAUUUAUGUUUUAUCAUUUCUAUAUACAUGCGUUUCAUUAAGAAUGGUUUAGUAAAAUAUAUAUUUAUUGUAUGAAGAUGAAAAACUUGCUAUCAUAAAUUGGCUUGACAAUGUAUGUUUAAUGUUAAAUAAAAUGAUGUAUUGUGUUGUGAAGAAUAAUUGAAGGAACAAAUUUAUUUGUGAUUUUUCUUACUAUGAUUGAUAAUGAAACAUAGAGAAUUUAUUUAACACGGCUAAUUAAAAUAGUACUUAACUUAGUUCUUAUGAGUUAUAGUAAAUCCAUGUGGAACUUAGGAAGUAUGUAAUAAUAUUAUAGAUAAAUUAAUUUUAUUUAAAUUAUUAAACUAUUUAAUUUACAAUGGUA